UAAAAUAUAUUUUCAGUAAUGCAGCACGUUCGUAACUGCGGCCCACAAUUAUUUAUAAUUAGUCGGAAAGGUGGAACCUUACUUGCGAUAAACGAUUUUAUAUAUCGCUCGAAUUUAAAACGUUUCGGGAGAAAUAGCGACAAGGUAUACUGGGAAUGCAUUCACAAUCGUUCCAAGAAAUGUAGAAGUCGUUUGAAAACCAUUGGCGAUGAUCUUUAUGUAACAAAUGAUGUUCACAAUCACGUGGGUGAUGGUCAACGCAUUGCUGUGGCGAGACGCGCUGGUUUAUUAAUUUAUAAAAAAUUCAGUUCAAUCGGCCAAAAUGGGGGAAAGCUACAGGCUAAUCAAACAGUUGCUUUUUAAAGUCAGUUCAAUUAGACUUAAAGGAUUGGAGUAUAUAAAAUCUUUGAGUGAUAAACAGAAAUCGUAAAAAUUAAUUUUUU